AUGGACGGGGAAGCUUGGGGAGGCCAGAGGUCCAGGGCUAAAGGCUGCAGCCACAGCUGCUCCAGCAGUGGGCACCUUCGGGACCGCGGUAGCCAAGGGCCCUGGGGCGGGCGGGGGCCGGCGCGUAUCCUAUGCGGAGGCUGCACGGCCGACCCCGGCCCACUAGAGUCCCCAGGCGGCCCCAGGAGGCCCCGCGGGCUCGGACGGGCGGAACGGUGGGGGCCGGGCGGGCGAGACGAGGCGGCCCCGCAGGGGCCCCGCGUGCGGCGGGCGCGGGAAGGGGCCGCGCGACCCCCGCCCCGCCCCGCGAGGGCGGUAACCCCGCCCCCUCCCCGCGCCCGCCAAUCACCGCCCGCCCCCACUGUCUGGGCCCGCCUCCACCUCACGCCCGCCAAUCAUCGCCCGCUCCUCGCCGCCUAUAGGAGCGGCGCGAGCCGCCGAGCCGCCUUCCCAUUGGCCGCCAGGCUGUCCGUCUCGGGGCAGUGCCCCCCCCAACAGGCGCCCGGGCGGCACCGCCAAGGACACAGGGGCGCGGCCCGUCCGCCCCGCGCGCCCCCCGCCCCGCUCCAGCCCUGGCCCCCACCGCCCGGCCCUCACCGCCCAGUCCCGCCGCCCGGCCCCGACGCAGGACCCACCGGCGCGUUCGUCCGCCCCGCUCGCAGCCCCAGCUGUGACAGCGGCCCCGACCACCGGUCCCACCCCGCCCCGCCCGUGCGUCACAGCGUCGCCCCACCCCUCGCCCUGGCCACGCCCCUCCGCCUCGUCCCAAUGCGCCUGCGCCGCCCGGCGCGCGAGGUGACCCCUGGGAUGGGGGCGGGGUACUGGCGUCGCCCGUGGACAGUCGCCAUGGCCGAGGGCCCCCCAGUACAGCCUGGAACACCUACCGUGACCCGCAACCGUCACCGCGCCUUGAGGAUCCCAACCAUGGCCUGGGUGCCCCUGUCAUGGCCUGAGGACCUCCACCGUGGCGUGGAGUUCCCCUUGCCCUGGGAGACCUCAGGCCUUUGGGGAUAUCCCAGCGUGGGUGACAGCCAGUGGGGGCUCAGAGGGUCAAAGGAAGUGCCGGGGGAGCUCUGGGGUUCUGGCAGUUUCCUGCCGUGUGGCGCAACCUCCGGCAUGCCGGAUGGACGUGGGGAUGAGGAGUGUCCCCAGAGACCACGUCCCUGA